CCAUAAUUGUGGUAGGGGGUUAGGUGCUCCACAAAUUUUUAAUAAAUUUGGUGUGAAACUAAAAAGUAAUAAUUCUAACGCACAAAAUAAUAUUCAAAUGCCAGCAAUAAUAACGAUAGUGAGUCAAAAACGUAGCCACACCGAAGGACAACCGACGACUGUAGUAGGUGUUCUUCUGUUAUGAACGUAAAUUUUAGGUUAGCUGUCAAAAAAAUAUAUCAAAGUGUGUAGAAAUGGCCGUGCCAGGUAACAAUCAAAGGGAAAGCUGUUGUGUUAGAGUUUUCAAAUGGAUCCCAGUCUUAUUUAUACUAUCCAUAGUCUUCUGGUCUUAUUAUGCCUAUAUUAUCCAACUAUGUAUACUUACUAUUGAGGAUGUCCCUAAACAAAUUAUAUACAUAUUUGUUUAUCAUUGCAUCUAUGCUAUGUUUUUAUGGGCAUAUUGGCAGACUGUUUUAACUCCAAGCGGACGAGUACCCGAUAAAUUUAGAUUAUCUGAAGUUGAGUAUGACAGAAUUCUACAAGCGGAAAAUGAAGAGACACAAAGAUUAAUGUUAGAAGAUUUCUCUCGCAAUUUGCCGAAUUUGAAUCGUACCGUUAGUGGUUCUGUGCGUUAUUGCGAAAAAUGUCGCCUUGUAAAGCCCGACAGGACGCAUCAUUGCUCCGUUUGCGGUCGGUGCAUAUUGAAAAUGGACCAUCACUGCCCUUGGGUUAACAAUUGUAUUGGUUUCACUAACUAUAAAUUUUUCGUACUGUUUUUGGGAUAUGCUCUCAUUUAUUGCAUAUACGUCGCUCUUACUUCUGUACAAUAUUUCAUUAAAUUUUGGCAUGGUACAUUAGAAGGUACGGGAAGAUUUCAUAUUCUUUUCCUGUUUUUUGUCGCAUUAAUGUUUGCGAUAAGUUUAGUAUCGUUAUUUUGUUAUCAUUGUUAUUUGGUUCUUCAAAAUCGGACAACGUUAGAGGCUUUUAGAGCGCCGAUUUUUCAAACAGGUCCUGAUAAGCAAGGUUUCGAUUUAGGGAAAUAUAAUAAUUUCCGUGAAAUUUUUGGGGUGAAACCAAAGUUAUGGAUAUUACCUAUUCCAACAAGUUUGGGCGAUGGUGUGGCAUAUCCAACUCACUUGCAACACCAAUCACACAUGUAUCAUUCUAUGGAAAGCACACAGACCAGGUCAGACUGAUGGCACUAAAAAUAUAUUAAGUUUUAAUAAAUAAAUAAUCAAAGUAAUUAGUUAUAAAGUAUUAAAUUGUGCCGUUGGCCUCUGCGUUCAAAACAAAAAACACACCAUUUAUUUCUUUUUAUAAAAACAAUUUUCAUCUUACCUUUUUUACUAUCAACGCAAAUUGGUAGUAAAAGUCGAGUUUUUCUCAACAUUUUUUUACGUAAAUGUGAACUUUUUAUUAUGGACUUUUUUGAGGAAAACGCAGAACCAGAGUGAAUCACUCGAUGUGAUAAACACUUUGUAUUUAUUAAUUUUUUUCGAACUAAGAUAAGUAAGUUCUUUUAUUAUAAAAUAAAAAUAAAAAAAAAUUAAAAUACAAGGUGAUUUAAAAGAUCAAACUCAAAAAUAUGUUUUUUUAAUUCCCGAAAUUAUAUAACAUAAUAAACAAUUCAUCUUGUAUUUUAACACGAAACAAAGUGGUUUCUCUAUGCAAUAAUAAUUUUAAUGAAAUCAGUAGGAGCCUAUUUAAGAAGCUCGCGCUAUUUAUCACUUUUUGUACAUAACAUAAAUACCAUUUGAUUGUAAGAUAUAAUUGAGUGAUUUUCAAACUGAUUAUUAUUCCAAAUAAAUUUAAUUUUAUUAAU